AUGAAACCAUACAAAGGAAUGGAGUGGCUACAGUACUCAAAAAUUACCCAGCAAGACAAUCGGUGCAACAUGACAGAUAUCAUGCAGCGAAUUUCUCUUUCCAAGCCACCCAUGAAACAGAGCAUGUACGAGACUUUGUAUAUGAUGGACUAUACACCAUAUGCUGAGUGCCAGGACCAGCUAUCCAUGAUGGAUCUUUCAAAGAAACUGCAACUGGAAGCUCAGCUGAAAAAGAAGGAAUUUGAAAGGCUUGUUGAGAAGAAACCUAUGAAAUACACUGAGGAGCCCAUCUGUCAAGAGGUGGAACCACCUUACCCUAUAAGAAUAAAUGAGAGUUUGUCAAACAGCCAAGAAGCUCCACUAGCAUUCCAGCAAGUACAGGAAGGUCAAGAAAAGUAUUUUCUUCCUUUGGAGCCAAUUGCAGUCCAGAAAAAGGAAGCAGAGAGCACAACUCCACAGACAGAUGCAUUUGCCAUGCCAGGUAAAAAGGGUACUCCUUGCAUCAAGCAAGAAUUGGGGCAGAACUGGAACAACUAUCAACAAUUUAUGUUAGAAAUGCGGCGAGCUAAUGAAACACAACUUAAAGAAAUUAAGAAAUUGCAUUUGGGAUCUUCUGUUUUUCAGGCAGAUUUUGUCACCACCACUGAUGCAAGUACUUACCAAAGAGAUUAUAAAAAUUGGCCCAGGGUCCGUAGCGGCUUGUAUCGAGCAAAUCGGAAUUUCUCCAACUUUGUUUUCCAUGACGGCUACUACGAUGAGAACCCUUGGAUGUCAGAAUACAUGGAUAACUACAACAUCUUCUUGAGGAAGCUAAACUGGAAAACUCAGAAUCCUGUGUCAGCUUUCUGCUCCGCAGUCAGACCCAUCUCCCGUCUUUCCCCUGAAAUAUCCACACAGACUCCAAUAGCAGUGAAUUCUGUACUUUAG